UAUCGCUCCCCUUCCCCGUGAGGCGAUGAGGAGGAGCCUGGCGCCCAGCCAGCUGGCCAAGAGGAAGGCGGGCGACGAGGAUGAGGAGGAGGAGGACCGGCACGCCCCGGCGACUCGUAAGAGACAGAAGCCCAUCAGUGAAACAGAGAGUGGAGAAUGUUACAGGUCACCUUUCCGGAAACCCUUGGCUCAGUUGACCAAUAGGCCUCACUGCCUGGAUAGCAGUCAACAUGAGGCUUUUAUCCGCAGCAUUUUGUCCAAACCCUUCAAAGUCCCCAUUCCAAAUUAUAAAGGGCCACUGGGCUUGCGCGCACUGGGUAUCAAACGGGCAGGGCUGAGGAGUCCGCUUCAUGACCCUUUUGAGGAAGGAGCUCUGGUUCUGUAUGAGCCCCCGCUGCUGAGUGCCCACGAUCAGCUGAAAAUAGACAAGGACAAAGCACCGGUCCAUGUUGUGGUGGAUCCUGUCCUCAGCCGUGUUUUACGGCCCCAUCAGAGAGAAGGAGUGAAAUUCCUCUGGGACUGCGUGACGAGCCGGCGGAUCCCCGGGAGUCAUGGCUGUAUCAUGGCAGACGAAAUGGGGCUGGGCAAAACCCUGCAGUGCAUCACGCUCAUGUGGACGCUUCUCCGGCAAAGUCCAGACUGCAAGCCUGAAAUUGAGAAAGCCAUGGUGGUGUCCCCCUCCAGCCUGGUGAGAAACUGGUACAACGAAGUAGAGAAGUGGCUGGGGGGAAGGAUCCAGCCACUGGCCAUUGAUGGAGGCUCCAAAGAAGAGAUUGACCGUAAACUAGUUGGCUUUAUGAACCAGCGUGGCCUGCGAGUACCUUCACCCAUCCUGAUCAUCUCCUAUGAGACCUUCCGACUCCAUGCCGAGGCAUUACAGAAGGGCAGUGUUGGGCUGGUCAUAUGUGAUGAGGGCCAUAGACUGAAGAACUCUGAAAACCAAACAUACCAGGCUCUCAACAGCUUAAAUACACCUCGUCGAGUCCUUAUCUCAGGCACUCCCAUUCAGAACGACCUGCUUGAAUAUUUCAGCCUGGUGCACUUUGUCAAUUCAGGCAUCCUAGGGACUGCACAGGAAUUUAAAAGACAUUUUGAAAUUCCCAUCUUGAAAGGCAGAGAUGCGGAUGCAAGUGAAGCUGAGCGACACAAGGGAGAAGAGAGGCUUAAGGAGCUGAUCAGCAUUGUGAACAGGUGUUUAAUCCGAAGAACUUCUGACAUCCUGUCCAAAUACCUGCCGGUGAAGAUCGAGCAGGUGGUCUGCUGCAGACUGACGCCUCUGCAGUCUGAGCUGUACAAGAACUUCCUGAAGCAAGCCAAGCCAGUGGAGGAGCUGAAGGAGGGCAAAAUCAGUGUGUCAUCUCUCUCUUCCAUCACUUCCUUGAAGAAGCUGUGCAAUCACCCUGCUCUUAUCCAUGAUAAGUGUGUGGAAGAGGAAGAAGGUUUUAUGGGAGCCCUGGACUUGUUCCCUGAUGGCUACAGCACCAAAUCUGUGGAGCCCCAGCUUUCAGGAAAGAUGCUGGUUUUGGAUUACAUCCUUGCUGUUACAAAAAGCACCAGUAGUGACAAGGUGGUUUUAGUGUCUAACUACACUCAGACACUGGACCUGUUUGAAAAGCUCUGCAGGAACAGAAGGUAUUUAUACGUCCGGCUGGAUGGCACCAUGUCCAUUAAAAAGAGAGCAAAGAUUGUGGAGCGAUUCAACAGCCCCUCGAGCCCUGAGUUUAUCUUCAUGUUAAGCAGCAAAGCAGGUGGCUGUGGUUUGAAUUUGAUUGGGGCUAACAGACUGGUUAUGUUUGACCCAGACUGGAAUCCAGCUAAUGAUGAGCAGGCCAUGGCUCGGGUGUGGCGGGAUGGCCAGAAGAAGACAUGCUACAUCUAUCGACUGCUUUCAACAGGGACCAUAGAGGAGAAGAUAUUCCAACGCCAGACCCACAAGAAGGCCCUCAGCAGCUGCGUGGUGGAUGAAGAGCAGGAUGUAGAAAGGCACUUCUCACUUGGGGAGCUGAAGGAGCUCUUCACAUUGAAUGAGACCACCACCAGUGACACCCAUGACAAGAUCAAGUGUCGUUGCUGUGUGAACGGCCACCAGGUACGGCCCCCUCCUGAAGGGUCCGACUGUACCUCUGACCUCUCCCAGUGGAACCACUGUGCUGAUAAGCGGGGGCUGCAGGACUCUGUGCUGAAGGCUGCAUGGGAUGCUGCCGUUACCUUCACCUUUCAUCAUCACUCCCAUGAGGAGCAGCGAGGGAUCCCCUAACAGAUUACUGUCCCCCGUGGGGGCAG